CCGCUGUUCAGCCCCUAGCUGGAUUCCAGCCAUUGCUGCAGCUGCUCCACAGCCCUUUUCAGGACCCAAACAACCGCAGCCGCUGUUCCCAGGAUGGUGAUCCGUGUAUAUAUCGCAUCUUCCUCUGGCUCUACGGCGGGACAUGGACAAAUCUGGAAACCAUCAUUCUCAGCAAACUGACACAAGAACAGAAAAUCAAACACCACAUGUGCUCACUCUUAUUCAGAUUAAGAAGAAACAGCAGGAUGUGCUUGGUUUCCUAGAAGCCAACAAAAUAGGAUUUGAAGAAAAAGAUAUUGCAGCCAAUGAAGAGAAUCGGAAGUGGAUGAGAGAAAAUGUACCUGAAAAUAGUCGACCAGCCACAGGGUACCCCCUGCCACCUCAGAUUUUCAAUGAAAGCCAGUAUCGAGGGGACUAUGAUGCUUUCUUUGAAGCCAGAGAAAAUAAUGCAGUGUAUGCCUUCUUAGGCCUGACAGCCCCUCCUGGUUCAAAGGUCCCAAUUGUGUUACUGUGACUGGACAUCAUGAAAACUGUGCACCUACUCUGAGUGGUGCUGCUAGGUGCUCUGCCUACAUAAUUUCACUUAAUCUUCACAAUAGCCCUGAAAAGUAGGUUUGAGGGUUAAUUUAUGCUCCAACUAGACUAUAAUGCCUAGUAGUUUGGUCAAACACCAGUGCAGAGGUUGUGUAAAGGUGUUUUUAGAUAUGAUUAAUGUUUAAAUUAAUAGACUUUGUAAAACAUAUCACCCUUCAUAAAGGUGAGCAGAUCUUAUUCAAUCAUAUGAAAGCCUUAAGAGAAAAGGUUUGAGGCCAACUGAGGAAGAAGGAGCUCUGCUUCCAGACUGCAUGCAGACUCAAAACUACAACAUGAACUCUUGCUGAAUUCUCAGUCACCCAGCUUGCUCUGCAGAUUUCAAAUUUGCCAGCCUCCACAAUUGUGUAAGCCAGUUCCUUAAAAUGAAUCUUUUAAAUAAAUUUUAUAUGAAUCUCUCUUUUCUCUCUCUAUAUAUAUGUAUAUGUAGGCAUAUAUAAUAGAGAUAGAAAUAUAUACGUAUCUACCUAUACCUACAUAAAUACAUCUUUUUUGAUAGGUAGACAUUGAUCGAUAUAUCUAGAUAUACAGAUGCAUGUCUUUAUAGAUGUAUAGAUAUCUAUAUAUAUGAACAUAGCUAUACAUAUAAAAAAUGUAUGAACAUAGAUGUAAAUAUCUAUGUCGAUAUAUCUAUGUCCGUAGAUCUACAAAUAUAUAGAUGUCGAUAGAUAUGUAUAUAUGUGUGUAUAUCUAUCUAUCUAUAUAUAUGGAGAGAGAUUUACAUGUAUAUAGUUAUUUACAUAUCUAUCUGUUUAUCUGGAGAACCUUGACUAAUACAGUAGAUACUAUUACUGCUACAUUUUUGGUGGAGAAACUGAAAUUGUGUAACCUUCCCAGGGUUACACAGCAGGGAAAUAGCGAUUCUGUAAAUAUUUAUAGCUCUAAAAUCUGUGUGUUUUCAACUCACUGCCAUCACUCUUAAAGUUAGGCUGAAAGGAACCACUUUUUCCUGCCUCUCUCUGCCCCUAAAUUCUCUUUAGAUGACCAUAUAUAAAAUAAAUACAUUCCUGAACACUAACUAUAAAGUCAAAUUCUUGGGCACAAACACUUUUUUAUUUACUUAAAUUUAAAAAUUACAUUCUGGUCUUACUGAAUGCUGCAGUUUCUGUGGCAGCAGAAAGUCUAAACUGUGGAAUAGAAUUUUAAGCCAAAUACGACAUGCAAGUAACAUAGAAAAACAAAGCAGAGAAGGUAUACAGAUUUUACCUCAACUAUUUAUCUUGUAUAAUUAUAAUCUGCCUCUUUAUUCACAAAGCAUUUUGACACUUCUGUUGGUUUUAUCGACAACAUCAGUGAAAAUAAGUCAUGAAGAAUUGGACUUACACUUUCUGAACUGGUUGGAAGAGGUGAAGUCAGUUAAAAUAAACAGUUUUGUUUAUGUUGAUGAUACUUGAAAAAAAUAGUGGAUAAUUUUAUUUCCUUUCAUUUUUUUUCUGUAUAUAUUGGAAAUAUAUACACAUCACAUGUGAUAGAAAUCAUUUCUAAGUGUUAAUAAAGUGCUAAGUGGAAGAAUUGGGGAAGAGUGUGUUUAUUUAAUUUAUAAUAAAUAGCUUGGAAUGGAGGUAGGAAAAAACAAAUUAACCUUUGGUAUAAUGACUGACUCCUCUGCAAAUGGGACAACAGUCUACAUGGUUAAUGGCCAGAGGAAAAUUCAACUCAAUUCUACUUUUUUUGUUGUUGUUUCCUACAAUGUAUCUGCCACCAUGCUAUGCUUUGGGAAUAUGUAAUUAAGGGAGAAGACAUUCUGGGUCAUCAAAAAACUCAGCCUUAAAAUCAAAUUUUCUAUAUUUUGUAAUGUUUAAGUUCUAAAAUGCUACUAUCAAUAGUAAUUAUAAUUAUUCACUGAUUUGACCCAUAUUUUUAAUUACAUUCUAUGUAGCAGGCACUUUGUUAGAGAAUGAGAAUCAUCUUAUGAACAACACAUUAUUCCUACUUUUAGAAACUGAUUGCUAUGGUUUCGAUAUGGUUUGUUGUUCUACCAAAGCUGAUCUUGAAAUUUGGUCUCCAAUGUGGCAGUGUUGGGAAUUGGAGACUAGUAAGAGGCGUUUGGAUCAUGAGGGAGGAUCCAUCAUGAAUGACGUGGUGCCAUUCUGACAGUAGUCAAUGAGUUCUCUGGUGAGACAGGAUUAUUUCUUAUGGGAAUGGAUUAGUUUAAUUCUCAUGGAAAUGCAUCAUUACCUCAAAAGUGGGCUGUUAAUAAAGCCAUGAUAUGCAUUGAGUUUUGUCUCUUUGCAUGUGUCUAUUUCCCCUUUGACCUCUGCCAUGUUAUGAGCAUGUAGUAUGAAAUACCUCAUCAGAAGCCAGAGACAUGCUCUUGAACUGCCUGUCUUUCAGAACUGUGAAGUAAAUAAACCUCUUCAUUAAAAAUUACUCAGCCUCAGGUAUUCUGUUAUAGCAACACUAAAUUGACUAAGGCAUAAAAUUGGUACCAACGACUGGAUUGUUGAUAUAAGGAUACCUUAAAAUGGGGAAGUGACUUUGAACUGGGUAAAGGGCAGAAGUUGGAAGAGUUUGGAAGAGCAGGAUAGAAGAAGAUGGUAUUGCAGUGAUGGGAGCAUUGGGGUGCUUUUGGUGAGUACUCAAAAGAAGGCUAAAAAUGAGGGAAAAUUUGCAACUUUUUAGAGAUUGGGUAAGUAAUAGUCACUAAAAUUAGAUAGUAAAGGACAUUCUCAUGAUAUUUCAGAUGAAAUGAGUAUUUGAAAAGUAGAACAAAGGUCACCCUUGUUAUAAAGUUGCAAGGAAUUUAGUUGCAUUAUGUCCAUGCUCUACAGCUUUGUGGAAGGCCAAACUUAAGAACAACAACCUAGUAUAUCUGAUGGAAGAAAUUUCUAAGCAGCAAAGUAUUCAAGAGUUAGUGUGGUUCCAUUUAAUAGCUUAUGAUUAGUUAAGGCAGCAAGAAGCAGAAUUUAUACUUAACAAUGAAGCAGAUUAUAAAAAUUUGAAAAUAUCAUAGCCUAGCCUUGUGGUAGAGAAUAAAAGAAAAUUUUCAGAGGAGGAAUCAAGACUGGCUGAGCAACCUGUUGCUAAAGAAGUUAGCAUGGCUAAAAGGGAGACAGGUGCAAAUAGUCAAAACAAUGAGAAGAACACACAGGCGUUUGAGGAUCUUCAUGGCUCUCCUGCACAACACAAUCCCAGAGGCCUGAGAGGACAGAAUGGUUUUCUAGGAUGAACCUGGUGCACCACCUUACAUCAAUUCAUGAUGUUGCUCCCCAAAUCUCAGCCACUCAGGAUAGAGCAGUCGUCACUUUAACAGCCUCAGGUACUGCUCCAGAGGGCCCAAGUUGUAAGCUUUGAUGGUUUCCACAUGGUACAAAGUCUACAAGUGCACAGAAUAUAAGAGUCAUGGAGGCUAGGUGGCCUCCACAUAGAUUUCAGAGGAUGUAUCUGAAAGCCUGGGAGCCCAGCCAGAAACUUACUACAGGAUAGAGCCACCACAGGAAAUUGCUACUAGGGCACUACGUAGUGGAGACCUAGGGGAAGAGCCACCACUGGGCCCCUAGAAUGGUAGAGCCACAGGCAGUGUGCAAUACUAGCCAGUAAAAAGUCACAGACAUUCAACUCCAACCUGUGAGAGCAGCCGCGUGGGCUGCAUCAUGGAAACUUAUGUGGGCAGGUCUUCCCAGGAUCUUGGGAGCCCACCCCUCACACCAAUGUGCCCAAGAUGUAGGACAUCGAUGUCAAAGGAGAUUGUUUUGGAGCUUAAAGAUAUAAUGUAAUCCCAGCAGUUUGAGAGGCCAAGGCAGUAGGGUCACUUGAGCCCAGUUGUUUAAGACCAUCCUGGGCAACAUAGGGAGACCCUGUCUCUAUGAAAAGUCUAACAAAUUAGCCUGGCAUGGAGGCACACCCCUGUGAUCCUAGCUAUUCAAGAUGCUGAGGGAGGAGAGUCUGUAGGGUCGAGGAGACUGAGGCUGCAGUAAGUCAUGAUUGUGCCACCGCACUCCAGCCUGGGUAACCCAGCAAGAUCCUUUCUCAAAAAAAAAAAAAAAAAAAAAAGAUUUAAUUCUGCAUGUCUGCCCUGCUGGGCUUCAGACUUAUGUGGGGCUUGUCAUUUUUCUUUUGGCCUAUGUCUCCCUUUUGCAAUGGAAAAGUCUACCAAAUGUCCGUCCCAUCAUUAUACCUAGAAAGUAAAAAACUUGGUUUUUAUUUUAUAGGCUCAUAGCUGCAAGGAACUUGCCUGAGUCUUGAAUUAGACUGGAUUUUGGACUUGAGAGUUAAUGCUGCAACAAGUUAAGACUUUUGAGACUAUUGAGAUGAAAUGAUAUAUGUGAGAAAAACAUGAGUUUAGGGGGAAGGGAAGAAGGUUAUGGUUUGGACAGCUUUGGAUAUUUGGUUUGUUCCCACCAAAACACGUUGAAAUUUGGUCCUCAAUGUGGCAGUGUUGGGAGGUGGGGCCUAGUGAAAAGUAUUCGAGAUAUGGAGGAGGAUUCCUCAUGAAGGCUUGGUGCAAUUUUUACAGUAGUGAAUGUUCUUUGUCGUUUAUUAAUGUGCUUUACCUUUAUUUGAUUUGUUUCUGGCUUUUAAAAUCUGAAGUAUAUUACAUUGUUCAGAAUUGGAAAGGAAUUUAAGAGAUAAUCUAGCCCAGGAAUAUAGAAUAUCUUGCCUGAAGCUUUCACACACACUCCCCUGUCUGUGACAGAUAUUGUUUAAAUGAUUAUAGUGGUCUUUCCUAUGUAGUUUCAGAACUUUUCAGAACACAUUACUUUAGGAAGAU